AUGAGCGCGAGCACUAGCAACGGAGCGACGACGACACAGCAGGAGGUUCCUUCUGCACACGGUAACGUAGUCUUUGUGUUACCCCCGCCGCCCACGAUAUGGGUGCAGUUCAACGACGGGACGAGGGUAGCUUUCACGCCGUCUCCAGCACGGUACCUGCAGUCCGUGCUCCACGGCGUCCCUGUCUUUGGCUCGACAUCUGAAAGCAGCGACGCUAGUGGAAACAGCAGUGACGGUUUCCUGAACACGCUGAACGAGCUCUUUCAACGUGCGCAAGAGCAGCAGCAACAAGGUCCACCACCAACGAACAAGGUGUUUCUGGACGAGCUGCCAGUGAAGACGUGGACGACAAAAAUGCAGACGAGCGAGAGGCACUCGGAGUGCGUCAUCUGCUUGAGUGACUACGAGAAGGACGACAUGGUGCUAGCUCUUCCUUGUGGGCACACGUUCCAUAAAGAGUGUGGCAUGACGUGGCUCGUGGAACACAACGUCUGUCCCACAUGCAGAUUCCAGCUGCCGACCGAGGGACAAUCGGCUGGGACAUUGACGGUGCCGCAGAUAGUAGUACCACAGGCAGCAGCCACGGCGCCUGGGCAGGCGUCAUCCAUACAGGACCCAAACGUUAGUCUUACGGGUAUGCGUCGUCAGCGUCCAUCAGCGAUGUUCCACUCUCGGGACAUCCGUCAGCGAGUGAGUGAGUCAAGUGCAUUGACAUUAGUGAGUGUGGAUGACGAUGCAGAACUGGACCGGAUGCUGGAGCUAGAAGCUGACCGCUUCGUUAAAGAGGAAAUGGAAAGGGAUGAAGCCGUUGGGAAAGACGACGGCGUUGAGAUUGAGGACCGCGAUGUUGAGGAGUUGCUUCGCGAGUCGACAAGCAGUCAACAAGGGUGCACAAAAGCGUGA